AGCUUAUUAUGUAUUUGUAAUAAUUGUAGUUCUACAAGUACUUGAACAGUGGGUGUGUAGACCUAUUUUGUCUGUCAACAUCUAGUCUUGGAAAUCCCAGACCUAUUUCAACAGCACUAAGUAUGCAUGUAUGCAGCACGUUGUAUGUCGAAACAUUACCAUUAAGCGCAAUGACUUUUAUGCGUAUUUUCCGGACGUUGACAUCAAGUGUGUCUCAGGUGCUGAAUGAAAGGUUAGAAGACAUAUUUUCUGGAAGUCGUAAAUAUGUCUUAUAUGGACAUAAAAAAUGAACUAUUUUCUGUACAUUGAAAAUAUUUAUAUUUCAGCCAUUGAUUGUAUGGCCAGAUUUCAACUGCUAUACAUUCUCAAUGAAGUAAGCAUUAUAUCACAAGCAUACUUUUUCACGCCUCUUAAUAUGAAAUAAUAGCCAACUGAAGAUUGCAACAAAAUAUUUGUUAUUUCUCCUAUUACAUGCACUUAUGCUAGAUUUUUGAAUUGCUUUGAAACUAGCAGUAAUGAUGUUCAAAAUACUUUUAACGUACAGAAUAAACCAGCAGACCACUUCAACUACAAUAACUGUCACAGAUUUUUUUUUUUUUUAUUGACUGCGAUAUGGUGUGGUUUAUCUACGUAAGUUGAAUGCAUUGACUUUAAGUCACUCUGGAUAAAAGUGUCUGCCGAUGUAAAUGUAAAAACAAACACUUGCAAAGCACGCUGGGUAUUAUUCUAAUGAGCUCGGCCCCAAAACAAGUACAAAUUUGGUCGGUGCAGACCAUAUCCAAAUCUGUCCGAAUCAUAGAAGUCUAGGCUGUUUCACAAGUUUGAACAUCACGUCACAGUUUAGUACAGUAGAGCACAGUAUAACACAGAAGAGUACAGUACAGUAUGGUACCGUACAGUUUAAUUCAUUAGAGUACAUUAAAGUACAGUACAGUAGGGUACAGCAUAGUUUAAUUUAGAGUAUAGCGCAGUACGGUACUGUACAGUAGAGUUUAAUUCAGUAGAGGAGUAUAGUUUAAUUCAGUAGAGUACAGUUCAGUAGAGUACUUUAAAGUUAAGUAGGGUACAAUACAGUACACUAUACUUUACUGUACUCUAGUGUGCGCUACUGUAUUGUACUGUUCUUUUCUUUACUGUAAUGUGUACUGUAAUGUACUCUGCUGUGCUGUACUGUAUUUUGCUGUACUGUGCUGUCCAAACUUGCGAAACCUAGAUGUCAAUGAUUGGUUUAGAUUUGGUCCGGUUCGGACCAAUAUUCGGUUAACAUUUUUUUUUAUCACUGAGCAAAUUUCGGGGCUGAGGGUGCAAACUUGAAAGUUGUGAAAAUUCAAUGCAACUUCCGGCGUGCGUUUACUGUGAACACUGAGGCUGUACCCACUUUAAGUUUGUUUUAACAGUGGUCAUGUAGGCUACUGUGGAUAUGUGAUCAUAACGUAGGCCUACCAUAGUGGCCUAUCAACAAAAGCAAUGGAGAAAAUGCAUCCCAUAACAUGGAAAUAACUGUUCUAUCGUUCAGCCUACAGUAGCAGCCAAUGUGUGGUGUUCAACGUAGGCCUACAUUCCAUGAGACUUUUUGAAGAAAAACAUACAGGGCUUGACAUUAACCUGUUUAUCCACUUGUCCUUCAGACAAGGACGUGACUGAAAAUAUUGUGUUGUUUGAUGCAAGAAACCACUUUACAAAAUAAAAUUCCUCAUUAGUUCCAUACCAUUAUUAAAGAGAAUCAGACAAAUUAUGCUACCCUCUGCCUAUUGGCUACUUAGCUUAUUCACGCAUGUCUCAAUAGACAACACUUCCUCUUUAAGACAAAAAAAAUCUCUUUACCUAAGAAAUGACACGUUUUGUGCUCUUGUAAGAAGCCAUCACUCCCCCAUUGCUGACUACAAAUGAUCUAUACCUGGGCUAAUAACUCACUAACUAGCAAAGGUUAUGAGGAAAUGUACAAAUGUGCACACAUCGCUACAUGUAGCUCUCACUUUGAUCUCAAAACAAGCGCAUCUACUCACAACCACUCAUGCUGUAAAAACAGUCCAGUUCAAAGUGAAUGGCACAGAUCCAUACAGUGCAUUCAAUAUGUAUUCAGACCCCUUCCCUUGUUACAUUGCAGCCUUAUUCUAAAUUGGAUCAAAUAUUUUUUUCCCCUCAUCAAUCUACACACAAUGCCCCAUAAUGACAAAGCAUUAAUUUUAAUUUAUAAUAAUAAAAAAAACAUUUUAAAAAUACCUUAUUUUCAUAAGUAUUCAGACCCUUUGCUAUGAGACUCGAAAUUGAGCUCAGGUGCAUCCUGUUUCCAUUGAUCAUUUUUGAGCUGUUUCUACAACUUGUUUGGAGUCCACCUGUGGUCAAUUAAAUUGAUUGGAUAUGAUUUGGAAAGGCACACACCUGUCUAUAUAAGGUCCCACGGUGAACAGUGCAUGUCAGAGCAAAAACAAAGCCAUGAGGUCGAAGGAAUUGUCCGUAGACCCCAAAUGUAUGCCGGACCGGAUGUCUGUGGACGUCUCGGAACGUCUAUGAUUGGUUCAAAUCAAUGUCCUUGGGUUAUUGAUGCGGGAGGCAACCUGUCUGCAUUGGUGGAAAAAGCAGUCAAUUGUCAUAAUUGAGCAAAAGUAAAUGCUAUACAUCAAAUUCAUUAUAUCAAGCAAACCAGAUGGCACAAUUUCCUUUUUUACAUUUCUAUUUAUUUAUAGACAGACAGGGUCAGUAUUUGUGUUUAGUGAGUCCUCCAGAUCAGAGGCAGUAGGGAUGACAACGCGUUAUAUUGAUAGGUUUGUGAAUUGGACCAUAAUUAUGUCCUGCCUGAGCAUUCAAAAUGUAACAAGUACUUUUUGGUGUCAGGGAAAUGUACGGGUAUACAUAUCCCCAUUAGCCGACGCCACUGGGAUCCACUGGGAUCCGACACAUAACGAAAAAUACUUUACAAUUUACAUACACUACCAUUCCAGAGUUUGGGAUCACUUAGAAAUGUCCUUGUUUUUGAAAAAAAAAGCACAUUUUUUGUCCAUUAAAAGAACAUCAAAUUGAUCAGAAAUACAGUGUAGACAUUGUUAAUGUUGUAAAGAAUAGCUGAAAUCUGUCGGUCUGAUUAAAGAAGCAAUAAAACUGGCCUUUAGACUAGUUGAGUAUCUGCAGCAUCAGCAUUUGUGGGUUCGAUUACAGGCUCAAAAUGGCCAGGAAGAAAUCAUUUCCUUCUGAAACUCGUCAGUCUAUUCUUGUUCUGAGAAAUGAAGGCUAUUCCAUGCGAGAAAUUGUCAAGACACUGAAGAUUACAUACAACGAUGUGUACUACUCCCUUCACAGAACAGCGCAAACAGGCUCUAACCAGCAUAGAAAGAGGAGUGGGAGGCCCCAGUGCACAAUUGAGCAAGAGGACAACUACAUUAUAGUGUCUAGUUUGAGAAACAGACGCCUCACAAGUCCUCAACUGGCAGCUUCAUUAAAUAGUACCUUCAAAACACCAGUCUCAACAUCAACAGUGAAGAGAGCAACAAAAAUGAGAAGGUUGUCUCGUUUGCUUGAGUCAACAGCUUUACUUGUGAUCAGCAUUCUGUGCUUGGUCAUAAUUUUUAUUAAAGAGGACAUUCGUCCUAAAAAACCCUCAAACCAUUUCCAGAUAAACAGGAGGGAAUCAACCUAUCAAAACAGACCUCAGAAACCAACCAGUGAGAGCGCAGGUGUUUCUACCUGGGGCCAUUGUGAACGGAAUGAGUCUGCGGCCAAUGUGUCAGCGUUUUCCUCUCUGCCAGUUCACAUCCAAGACUUCCUUUUCUAUCGUCACUGCCGCCACUUCCCAAUGCUGCUGGAUGUACCUGAUAAAUGUGGAGGCCCUCACAAGUCUGCUGACGUCUUUCUUCUGCUGGUCAUAAAAAGCUCACCUGCGAAUUAUGACCGCCGUGAGGUACUACGGAAAACCUGGGCCAAGGAGAGACUGCAGAAUGGAGUCUGGAUUCACAGGAUUUUUCUCUCGGGAACAACAGGCACAGGCUUUGAGAAGCGCAAGCUAAAUAAGCUUCUACGACUGGAGAACCGUGAGCAUAAUGACAUCUUGCAGUGGGACUUCAACGACUCCUUCUUCAACCUCACCCUGAAGCAGAUUUUGUUCUUAGAAUGGAUGGACAAGAACUGCCGCCAGGCCCGAUUUCUCCUCAACGGUGACGAUGAUAUCUUCGCCAACACAGAUAACAUGGUGGACUACCUUCAGAGUCUAAAAGACAAUGAUGGUGACAAGCACCUUUUUGCAGGUCAUCUAAUCCGCUAUGUAGGACCCAUUAGAGAGUCAGGGAGCAAAUACUAUGUCCCAGUCCAGGUUCAAGAGUCAGACUCAUAUCCCCCUUACUGUGGGGGAGGGGGCUUCCUGCUCUCUGGAAACACAGCUAUGGUCAUUUACAAAAUGACCCAUACCAUUCCCAUUUUGCCAAUUGAUGAUGUCUACAUGGGAAUGUGUCUGGAAAAGGCUGGUCUUGGGCCAGAGUCCCAUUUCGGAGUCAGGACUGCUGGACUUCAUGUCCCCUCCCAAAACGUGGACACUUACGAUCCUUGUUAUUACAGGGAAAUCAUUUUAGUACACAGAUUUCUGCCUCAUCAGAUAUAUAUUAUGUGGCACGGAAUACAUGAACCUAACUUGAGAUGUAGUAAUUCGCAAGGUUCUCUUUAGCCAUCUGUCCUGUUGAAAUCAGUUGCCUGUUGAGGUUUGUUUUUCCAGUCUUUUUUUCCCAAACAUGUGUGAUGUCUGAAAGUUGUUUUUGUUGUUGUAAAUACAGACUAAUUUUAAGAUGUAAAUUAUCAUUUACAUUUACAUUUAAGUCAUUUAGCAGACGCUCUUAUCCAGAGCGACUUACAAAUUGGUGCUUUCACCUUAUGACAUCCAGUGGAACAGCCACUUUACAAUAGUGCAUCUAGGUCUUUUAAG